AUGCCAACCAACCUAAAGCUAAGUAAGGAUGAAUCCGGGAAAGGGGUAGAGGAAACAUUGUAUAGAAGCAUGAUUGGUAGCCUCUUGUACCUCACUGCUAGUAGACCGGACAUAGCUUUUAGUGUUGGAGUGUGUGCUAGGUAUCAGGCAUGUCCUAAGGAAUCUCAUCUCAUAGCUCUUAAGCGUAUCAUUAGGUACAUUGCUAGUACUUUAGAGCUGGGUCUUUGGUAUCCAUUUGACACUCAUUCUGAUGUAGCUUGCUACACUGAUGCCGAUUGGGCUGGAAAUGUGGAUGAUAGGAAAAGCACUUCAGGUGGUUGUUUCUAUAUUGGAAAUUGUUUGGUUGCUUGGAUGAGUAAGAAGCAAAACUCUGUUUCGCUUUCCAUGGCUGAAGCGGAAUACAUUGCUGCCGGUAGUUGUUGUUCCCAGCUUUUGUGGAUCAAGCAAAUGUUGAGAGACUAUGAGAUUGAUCAAGGAACCAUGAUAGUGUUUUGUGACAAUACUAGUGCAAUCAACAUCUCCAAGAACCCUGUUCUGCACUCUAGAACAAAACACAUUGACAUUAGACAUCACUUUAUUCGUGACUUAGUUGAAGACAAAGUGGUGUCAUUGGAAUAUGUUCCAAUUGAGGGUCAAAUUGCUGAUAUUCUUACUAAACCUUUGGAUGUGUCUAGGUUUGAAUCACUUAGAAAGUCCAUAGGUUUAUGUACAGUCAAUUGA